AGCCAUGACGCGUGCCUUAAACAAGCUGUCCAUUGUGAUGUCAUAAAAGUUAACUUCUUCUUUGUGCCCGUAAUUCUACCACGUGACUACUGCUCAGUUUUUUAUUAUCAAAACAGAAACCGCUGUAGGAGCGGGGGCGGUAGGUUGACACCUGGUCAGCGUCUAUGAAGAUUACAUCACAGGCGUAAUGGAUGACUGGACACCCAGGCGCUAUCCUUUAAGGUAACAGGCGGUUGUGUAAUCUGGCGACGAGCCAUCGGAAGUACUUGAAUUUCUGGAAAGUUCGACGUUUCAACAAAAGAUUGACAAUUGAGCGUGGCCCUUUAACCAAUCAGAACGUUGGAACGAUUCCCGCCAAAAAAAUGACACUUCUUUUGUCAUUAUAUUAAACUCUUGCAAAACGUUUGUCUGUACUAUUUCUUUCCCCUCGUUUGUGGAGUGUAGAGUGCAUUGUAUUGCUGUUUUAUUGAAUCCACGUUGUCAUCACUAUAAUAGUCAACAAGUGCGACAGCUUUUACUGCGAUCUUCAGAGUUCCCAUCUAGUUCUGGUGAUUUUUCUCAGGCAUUCAAUCAGUUUUUGGUUACAUCCGAGUAUUUCUUCAUUUCACCAUGAGUUCUGUGGAGAAGAUUCGUGUCAUCAAGCUGCAUAAGGGGGGAGAUGUCUUCCACUACCACCGCAAUCAUUACUCGUCCGUCUUGCACCAAGGACAACGCAGCAAGAUUCUCUUGGCGAGGAGCAACAUCAUCCCAGACAAGAAAUUCGCUAUCAAGCAAAAUCGCUUCACCCGCGAGAUGUAUCUGAUGAAACUGGCUGCUGACAUACGUCGAGUUGUGACUUUGUUGUCACGUCCCGUCUUCUGUGGUCCCACCGGCUAUCUGAUCAUACCAUUCUACGAGAAGAGAGACCUGCUCUCGCAGACAGGGAAACAGAGCCACGACGGCUGGAUGAAAGUGUUUGUCAGGAUGGCGGUGUCUCUCCGAAGCCUACACAAGAAGAGGAUUUAUCAUCAGGAUUUGAGGUCAUAGAACAUCCUCCUCACUGGCUCUGACGUCGCCUUCAUCUCUGACUUUGGCGCUGCGAGUCUACUCCCUGGGGGAUGUGAUGUGACAAGGUGGACACGUGGACAGCUGCGCCUGGUUUCCGGGGACCCGAGGCGGACCAGGGCGGUGGUCCCUUCUGUCCAUUCCAACUGGACACCUACAGCCUGGCGGUCAGCAUGUGGCAGGUACUGUCUGGUCUGUGUCCAGUCAAGAACAAGCCUUUGGAUCACCAAGACAACAUCCCCCCACAGUGCGCUCCCUUGUUGGGGAACCUUCUUCUUCCGGACCCCGACAGGAGAUGGACCCUAGACAAGUUCCUCACUGAGGCCCUGGAACUGCAUCCGGACCUGUCAUCUAGACAGCACUCGAGUGAACACAACACAUUAAGUUUAAAAGCAGCACCCUUUAUAGGCAACACGUCAUAUCUGUAGCG